AUAUGAAGCACAUCUUUUUUAAAGCGAGCAGGAACAAUAGCUGCCUUUGCAUUAGCAAGUCUAGUUAUAAUUGUCGUAAUAUGGCAAGUAUAAACAGGUAAGAAAUUUGACUUUAGAAAUGAGAAGUUUUUGUAUAAUUUUUAUCCUUCCCCAUGUUAAGUAUUAUUUCCUGAUUCGGCUCUCUGUUCCAAAGUUCUGUAUUUUUUUUUAACCGUACAACAGAGGGAUGUAAACAUUAUUAUUUUUUUAAAUUUCCAUUGAGCUGUAUGUUGACAACUAAAUUCUUUAUUGUCAUUUGAUUCUUAUCUGUUGUAUGUUCUUCUGAGCUUUUAGGACUAAGUUCUGUGUGAGAGCAGAAAGAGCACUGUUGUGAAAGUUUUAGUUCCCACUUCAUCAUUUUUAACCUCUCUGUACCUCAGUUUCCUCAUCUGUAAAAGGUUGGGAUCGUGCUAUAUGUCGUUAGGUCCCUUCUUGAUUUAGAAUCCUGACUAGCUAAUUUUUGAAACAAAAUUAGUCUUGAGAGACAAAAAAAAAAAGAAAAAGAAUCUUCAGUUUAGAAAACUUAGUUUUUGUCUUCUCCUAUUGCUGACUUUCUGAAGCUUCCUCUAUGAAGAAGGUGGUGGUGGUGAUGGUGGUGAUGGUGGUGAUGGUGGUGGUAGCACUUAUUCUGCAUUUGGGUUCACUUGUUCUUAUUAAAAGGUGUAAGGAGACUUCUGAACAUGGGGCAUAUUCAGAUCUGCUUCAGCGUCAGAAGGCAACAAUGAUUGAGAAUAGCAAACUUACAGGAAAGAUAGGUGAAUUGGAGAGAAUGGUAGCUGAACUAAAGAAACAAAAGUCCCAAGUAGAGGAAGAACUUCCAAAGGUCAAGGAGGCUGCAAAAAAUGAAUUGAGAAAGCAGCAGCGAAAUGUAGAAGACAUCGCUCUGCAGAAAAUCAGGGCUGAAAGCGAGGCCAAGCAGUACCGCAGGGAACUUGAGACCAUCGUGAGAGAGAAGGAAGCUGCGGAGCGGGAGCUGGAACGGGUGAGGCGGCUUACGGCAGAGGCCGAGGCCAAAAGGGCGGCCGUGGAAGAAAACCUCCUGAAUUUCCGGAACCAGUUAGAAGAAAACACCUUUACAAGGAGAACACUGGAAGAUCAUCUUAAAAGAAAAGAUUCAAGUCUCAGCGACAUGGAGCAACAAAAAAAUAAGUUAAUGGAAGAAUUGAAAAGAAAGAGAGACAAUGAGGAAGAACUCUUGAAGCUGAUAAAGCAGAUGGAAAAAGAUCUAGCAUCUCAGAAACAGAUAGCAGAGAAACAGUUGAAAGAGAAGCAGAAAAUUGAGUUGGAAGCAAGGAGAAAAAUAACUGAAAUUCAGUAUUCAUGUAGAGAAAAUAUGUUGCCAGCUUGUGCCAUCACAUACAAGGAGCACGACAAACAGAAAGCAGAAGAACUCAAACAGCAGGUAGAUGAGCUAAUAGUCGCCAAUAGAAAGGCUGAAAAAGACAUGAGAGAGCUGAAGUAUGAACUUAAUGCCCUCCAGCUUGAAAAAACUUCAUCUGAGGAAAAGGCUCGCUUGCUAAAAGAAAAACUAGAUGAAACAAAUAAUACACUAAAGUGCCUUAAGUUAGAGUUGGAAAGGAAGGACCAGGUAGAGGAAGGGUAUUCUCAGCAGCUCCGAGAACUGAGUCGGCAGUUGAACCAAACCACAGAUAAAGCUGAAGAAGUCAUGCAAGAAGCUAAUGAUCUUAAGAAAAUAAAGCACAAUUAUGAAGCAGAAUUAGAAUCUCUUCAACAGGAAAAAGGGAAACUGCAAAGAGAAGUAGACAGAAUCACUAGGACACAUGCUAUAACUGAGCAGAGUAUUCAGCAUUUAAAUUCACAAGUUAAUUCUUUUCAGGGUGAGAAGGAAUUCUCUAAUGAAAGAAUGCAGUUCUGUCAGAGAAAAUCAGAUCAUCUAAGAGAACAAUUUGAGAAAAGCCAUGCGCAGUUGCUUCAAAAUAUUAAAGCUGAAAAAGAAAAUAAUGAUAAAAUCCAAAAGCUUAAUGAAGAAUUGGAGAAAAGUAAUAAGUGUGCAGAAAUGCUAAAACAAAAAGUAGACGAGCUUACCAGGCAGAAUAAUGAAACCAAAGUAGUGAUGCAGAGAAUUCAAGUGCAAUCGGCAAAUGUGGUUUUAGAGAAACAAGCUAUCCAGCAAAGAUGCGAAGCGCUGAAGAUUCAGGCAGAUGGUUUUAAAGAUCAGCUACGCAACACGAAUGAGCACUUGCAUAAACAGACGAAAACAGAACAGGAUUUCCAUAAAAAAAUUAAGUGUCUAGAAGAAGACCUGGCCAAAAGUCAAAACUUAGUAAGUGAAUUUAAGCAGAAGUGUGACAAGCAGAACAUUAUCAUCCAGAAUACUGAGAAAGAGGUUAGAAAUCUGAAUGCUGAGCUGAGUGCUUCCAAAGAGGAAAAACGACUGGGGGAGCAGAAAGUACAGCUACAGCAAGCUCAGGUGCAAGAGUUAAAUAACAAGUUGAAAAAGGUACAAGAUGAACUUCACUUAAAGACCAUAGAGGAGCAGAUGACCCACAGAAAGAUGGUUCUGUUUCAGGAAGAAUCUGAAAAAUUUAAACGUUCCGCAGAGGAAUUUCGGAAAAAGAUGGAAAAAUUAAUGGACUCUAAAGUUAUCACUGAAAAUGAUAUUUCAGGCAUCAAGCUUGACUUUGUAUCUCUUCAGCGAGAAAACUGCAGAGCUCAGGAGAAUGCUAAGCUCUGUGAAACAAAUAUUAGAGAACUUGAAAGACAGCUUCGACAAUAUCGUGAGCAAAUCCAACAAGGGCAGAAUGUGGAAGUGAAUCAUUACCAGAAAUGUCAGAAACUUGAAAAGGAGCUGGUGGCCCAGAAACAUGAAGUUGAAUACCUGAAGCAAAAAAUGGAUCAACAGGUAAAGGAACAUGAACAUCAGUUAGUUUUGCUCCAGUGUGAAAUCCAGAAAAAGAGCCCAGCCAAAGACUGUACCUUCAAACCAGAUUUUGAGGUGGCAGUGAAGGAGCGUCAACACUCGGGAGACCUCUCUUCUAGGAACACAGGGCAGCUUCAGCCAACGGCCAGAUCGCCUCUGCUGAGAUGGGCCCAAGAACCACAGCAGUCGGAAGAAAAAUGGCAACAUCGGGUUGAACAGAUACCCAAGGACGUCCAGCGCUGGCCAUCAGGGCCUGCACUGGAGAGAGAGAAAAGCCAGCAGUGUUACUCUGAGUAUUUUUCUCAGACAAGCACCGAAUUACAGAUAACUUUUGAUGAGAAAAACCCUAUUUCAAGACUAUCGGAAAUAGAGAAGAUAAGAGAUCAAGCUCUGUACAAUUCCAGACCACCUGUUAGAUGUCAAGAAGACAAAUGUGAAACAGACCUGGUGAAGCUUUUGGCACCCUUAGAGAUAGCUAAGAACAAGCAAUAUGAUAUGCAUACAGAAGUUACAACAUUAAAACAAGAAAAGAACUCAGUUUCCAGUGCUGAAGAAUGGAUGCUUGAAGGGUGCAGAGCAUCUGGUGGACUCAAGAGAGAUUUUCUUAAGAAAGGCUUAGAACCAGAGACCUUCCAGAACUUCAGCGGCGAUCACGCAUGUUCGGUUAGGGAUGAUGAAUUUAAAUUCCAAGGGCUCCGACACACUGUGACUGCCAGGCAGUUGGUUGAAGCUAAGCUUCUGGACAUGAAAACAAUUGAGCAGCUGCGACUUGGUCUUAAGACUGUUGAAGAAGUUCAGAAAACUCUUAGCAAGUUUUUGACAAAAGCCACCUCAAUUGCAGGGCUUUAUCUGGAAUCCACGAAAGAAAAGAUUUCAUUUGCCUCAGCAGCCAAGAAAAUCAUAAUAGACAAAAUGAUGGCUUUAGCAUUUUUAGAAGCUCAGGCUGCAACAGGUUUUAUAAUCGAUCCCAUCUCAGGUCAGACACAUUCUGUUGAAGAUGCCAUCCUUAAAGGAAUUGUUGACCCCGAUUUCAAAAUUAGGCUCCUUGAGGCAGAGAAGGCAGCCCUGGGAUAUUCUUGUUCUUCUAAGACAUUGUCAGUGUUUCAAGCUAUGGAAAAUAGAAUGCUUGACAGACAAAAAGGCAAACACAUCCUGGAGGCCCAGAUUGCCAGCGGGGGCAUCAUUGACCCUGUGAGAGGCAUUCGCGUACCUCCAGAAAUUGCUCUGCAGCAGGGGUUGCUAAAUAAUGCCAUCCUACAAUUUUUACAUGAGCCAUCAAGCAACACAAGAGUUUUUCCUAAUCCCAAUAACAAGCAAGCUCUGUAUUACUCAGAAUUACUACGAAUGUGUGUAUUUGACGUAGAUUGCCAGUGCUUUCUGUUUCCUUUUGGGGAGAGGAACAUUUCCAAUCUCAAUGUAGCGAAAACUCAUAGAAUUUCUGUAGUAGAUAUUAAGACAGGAGCAGAACUGACUGCAUAUGAGGCUUUCCAGAGAAACUUGAUUGAAAAAAGUACGUAUCUUGAACUCUCAGGGCAGCAGUAUCAGUGGAGGGAAGCCACGUUUUUUGAAUCCUAUGGGCAUCCUUCUCGUAUGCUGACUGAUACUAAAACAGGAUUACAGUUCAAUAUCAAUGAGGCUGUAGAGCAGGGAACAAUUGACAAAGCAUUGGUCCAAAAGUAUCAGGAAGGCCUCAUCACACUUACAGAACUUGCCGAUUCCUUGCUAAGUCGAUUAGUUCCCAAGAAGGAUUUGCAUAGUCCUAUUGCAGGGUAUUGGCUGACUACUAGUGGAGAAAGGAUCUCUGUCCUAAAGGCCUCCCGCAGAAAUUUGAUCGAUAGAAUUACUGCCCUCAGAUGCCUGGAAGCCCAAGUCAGCACAGGGGGGAUAAUUGAUCCUCUUACAGGCAAAAAGUACCGGGUGGCCGAAGCUUUGCAUAGAGGCCUCGUUGAUGAGGGGUUUGCCCAGCAGCUGCGACAGUGUGAAUUAGUGAUGACAGGGAUUGGCCAUCCCGUCACUAGCAAAGUGAUGUCAGUGGUGGAAGCUGUGAAUGCAAAUAUCAUAAGUAAGGAAAUGGGAAUCAGAUGUUUGGAAUUUCAGUACUUGACAGGGGGGUUGAUAGAGCCACAGGUUCACUCCAGGUUGUCAAUAGAAGAGGCUCUCCAAGUAGGUAUUAUAGAUGUCUUCCUUGCUACAAAACUCAAAGAUCAGAAGUCAUAUGUCAGAAAUAUAAUAUGUCCCCAAACAAAAAGAAAGUUGACGUAUAAAGAAGCUUUAGAAAAAGCCGAUUUUGAUUUCCGCACGGGGCUUAAGCUCUUAGAAGUAUCUGAACCCUUGAUGACAGGAAUUUCUAGCCUCUACUAUUCUUCAUAAUGGGAUACGUUGAAAUAAUUUUGCACAGGGGCGAUGCUCUCUCAUUCGUGUGAUCUGUCCAGAGCAUGAUGCUAUCAGUUGAAUACACAGUCUAGUAAUUGUGUCACUCACUCAAAGUGCUAUUUAUUUCUGGAGGGGUGAGAAUAGUUGACUGUUCACAAGAAAGAAUAAUUUUUAAGUUGAAAUUAAGAAAAGAUUUACUGCUCUUAAAAUGGUUCCAUUUAGCUUUGAGAUUCAUAGUUUUUAAUCUUGCCCGCACUAAAAUAAAAGUACAGUACUUCAGAUAUGGGGUAAGCCUGAACUCCAAAAGAACUCUUCAUCACUGGAUAGAUCCACCCUGAUGUUAGGAUUCCCAUUUAUUAAACGAUCCAUUACACUCACUGAAAAAGCACUUCAAAAAGCACUAUGGACUCAAAGAGAGAGAUGUAAAUUCUUUCCCACAUCCCUCAGGCUAUAGUGUCUCAGAUUGCCUUGAAAAAUGAAAAAGUUUUUCAUUUUCCUAUAUAUAGUAACCUUCUUUACAUAUUAAAUGUUAACCUUCUUUACA